AUUUUACCGCAAACGUCAGAAGUAACGUAUGACAGGCCCUUGUGUAGACAGAAAUGUUCAACAAGAAGCCACGGAGGAACUUUCGCCAGAGAAAACAGACCUCCAGCGAGGAUGAGGACCAACAGAAGAACGGCGGAGAAGGAGAUGAACCCGAAGAGGCUCCGUCGGUGAUAAACAAGCCUUCCAAAGCGGCGCAGAGCCGCGGCAUCUCCUGCAGCUCCAAGCGGGAAGCGACACCUCCGCAGGCGGACAGCAAUGAUGGAGAAGCCGCGGCAGGGACGCUGGAAGCGACGGAGGACAGAGAUGAUAAAGAUGGGACAAAGACGACGAAAAGCUCCAUCCUUAGUUUUACAGACGACAAAGAAGCAGAAGAGUCAACUUUUAAACUAAAGAGGUCCUCUGAUAAAGCUGUGGUGUUUCAAGCCAGGAAGAAGGAGGCUCCACCCACCAAGACGAGCCGCAGCAAAGCUUCUGGGGGUGCAGAUGCUCCACCAUCUGUUUCUCCCAGUCAUGGAGACAGCAGUGAGGCUUCACCAUAUUCUCAGCAUAGUGAUGAUGAGAAUAAUAACGAUGAUGAUGAUGAUGAUGACGACGAUGAUGUCAGCAGUAACGAUGGUGACAAUGACGGUGAUGGAGGUUUUGCUAGAUCAUCUGCAAGUAGCUCCAACUCUGACUCCAGCUGCUCUGCUGCCAAACCAACCGUUAUCCCUAAAGCAGAGGAGAUACACGCGGCCAGGAGGCAGCGGCGCGCGGCACGAGCCCAGAAGGGGUUCAUACCGUUGGGUCGAGAUGGCCGGAGCUCCGCUGGCAGCACCCCCGACCACUACAGCCGCGACGAUGAAGAGGACAGAGUUGAAAAUGACGACGAUGAUGAGCCAGACGACCAUGAGAAAAGAAUCGAGUUCGCCCCCCGAAUGAAGAGCAUCAGGGAGAGGAUUGCAGAGAAACUAGGAGGAAGUGAUGAAAGUCUGUCAGGAACUGAUGAGGAGGAGCAGGAACUUUGGGAGCAGACACAGAUUGGAAAGGGAGUCAACAGACGACCAGGACAACAGAGUCCGUCUGGCAGCGAGUCCAGCAGCUACAGCAGCAGCAGCAGGCCGGACAGAGGAGGACACAAAAAGAGACUAACAGGGGCUAAGAUCCCAAAGACUCUUCCUCUCGUUUCUGUCUCAACGGUGAAGAAAAGGAUCACUAAAAAACUGGACUCCCUGAAGGAGGUGUACAGAGCGCGGCAGGCGGAGCUGAGGAGGAUGGCAGGCGACGCCGAGAACGCCCAGAGUUCAUUAGAGCUGCUGGAGGAAAGUUCCUCUGAGGCUCAGCUCAGGUUUUACCGAACCAUGAUCCUCUACGUCCACAACCUGGUCGAAUGUCUGCAGGAGAAGAUUGUUGAAAUCAAUGCCUUGGAGCUGGAAAUGCACACACUGUUGUCUGACCACAUGGAGGCGCUGUUGGCUCAGAGGCGAAAGAGUAUAAAAGAGGAGGCUGACCGCCUGCAGCAGCUCAGCUAUAACACAGAGGAACAGACUGGCAGCUCUGAUGUUCAGUGUGAGGUGGCCAGUAAUCUAGAAGAUUUUCAUUUACCUGAAGAUGACAAGCUUUCUGCAGAAGAGGAGGAGCAGCUUCAGGAGAGAAUAUCUGAUAUCCAGUCGAGAGCUCAGGCGGUGUUUGCUGACGUCCAAGACGACUUCUGCGACGUUAAAAAGAUUCUGUCUCGAUUUGAAGAAUGGAGGAGGUCGUACUCUGACUCCUACCACAACGCCUACAUUUCUCUGUGUCUGCCCAAGCUGCUCAACCCCAUCGUUAGGCAUCAGCUGCUGACGUGGAACCCGUUAAAAGACGUUGGUGGAGAAUUUGAAAACCUCCCCUGGUUCACAGCAGUGGAGACAUUUUGUCACGGACACGGCCACGAGGAGCUGGAGCACACAGACAGACAGACGCUCUCUAACGUCAUGGAAAAGACUCUUCUACCCAAAAUAACCAGUCAUGUGGAGUUGGUGUGGGAUCCUUUUUCCAACCAACAAUCUACCUGCCUGUCCGCUGUCUGCCACAGGCUGAGGGAGGAUUACUCCAUCUUUGAAGGCGAGCAGAGUAAACUUGUGAAGGGAUUUAUUGAAGCAGUGGUUCAUAGGCUCAGAAGCUGUGUAGAUGAAGACGUCUUUAUCCCCUUGUAUCCAAAAAAGCUGCUGGAGGACAGAUUGUCCCCACAGCGUCGCUUCAGAGAUGAACAGUUCUGGAUGGCUGUAAAACUGCUGGGGAAUAUGGGGAAAUGGGAUCUGCUGCUUCCUGAGUCCAUUUUGAAAGAACUAAUGUUGGACAAACUUCUGAACCGAUACCUGAUGAUCACCUUGUCUAGUGAGACACUGUCAAGCAGAGUUGUUUCUGCACACAGAAAGAUUGCAGAAUGUCUGCCUGACUCUUGGUUUGAAGGAGAAAGCGUCUGUUUGCCUCAGCUGCAAAAUUUCAGGAACACCAUUGUUCAGAAAGUUCACAGCCUCUGCAAACAGCAGCCGCCUGAAAAUCCCACCAACAGGUCUGCUGUGGUCGAAGAGCUGAAGGUUCUCAGCAGGUUGAGAUGCUAUGACUCCAUCUUGGCUCUAACCGGAAAAUACCACUACGAGGACGCCGUCUACUCUCAUCAGCUACUGAACCAGGAAAGAGAAUGAACAGGAACUGGAUGAAAUAAUAAAGACUCAAGUUAAACUAAUAAUCAGUAAAACACAUGCAGCUGUACAACAAAUUAUGAUUUUAGUCGAUAUAUUUUUGUUGUUUAAUACAAAUUGUUAUAUUUUUAUGAAUAAAUGUUGGAAUUUUGUUUAUUUCUGAA